UUGGAGGAUAUCUGCCUUCUGGCUGCUCAAUUGCUCCGGUGGUUCAAUCUGUUGUGUUACAAAAGUGUGACUGAAUAAAUAAAAAAAGCCAACCGUAACCGUGUGUUUCCCGUGAACGAUAAACUUGCAAGUGUGCUUUUCCACCGCAGCGAAGCGAAGUUAUUGUAGGCUGACCUUUCCACCGGAAGGGCCGUUGGUGUUGAUUCAUCGUUCAUCUUGCCGUUUGUACGACGUUCUUAUCGCGCAGCACAUCGGAACGAGCAGAAGGAAUCGAAAAACGAAGAUGAACAUUCUGGUAAUAUCAUUCCUGGCGGUGGUGUCGCUGUCCACCUUCCCGACGCAAACGUACUGCACGCCGGCCGCAUCCGACUCGAAGAAGUCGGUUGCUGCCGCUGAAGCCGCCCUACCGGUCAACGAUAACGGGCUGAAGGAGAUCUGGCAGGAGGACGAUCGGGAGGUGUUGAUCCGCAACGAGCGUGGCACCAAGAAUGGAGGCAGCUCGGCCGCCGGUAAGAAGUCCCACAAGAAAGAGAAGGUUCCUAAUUACAGCACGCAUCAGCAACGCCAGCAGCAGCAGCAACAGCAGCAACUUCAGCAACAGCAACUUCAACAACAGCAACAGCAGCAGCAGCAGCAGCAACUGCCGCAACCCGUUGUUGAACAGCCCGUUGUUGGUCGCAAGGGCCAGAAAAAGGUGAAACCGGCGCUCGACUCCACCCGAGCCGAGCCGGCCCCGAACUCGCAGUGCCGCUACACGAAGGGCCCGUGGACCGAGUGUGACGCCAAGACCAACACCCGUUCCCGGACGCUCGCGCUGAAGAAGGGCGAAUCGUCCUGCGUCCAGACCCGCACCAUCCAGAAGAAAUGCAAAAAAGCCUGCCGUUACGAUAAGGGUGCCUGGUCCGAGUGCGACAACAAUGGCCAGAUGUCCCGCACGGACAGCCUGAAGCAGACCAGCGAUGCCACCUGCCAGACGACGAGAGUGGUCAACAAAAACUGCAACCAGGGCAAGUCCAAAGACAAACAGAACAAACCACCGAAGGCCGAGAAGAAGGAGAAAGUUCGCAAGAGCCGCCAGUAAAUGAGCAACAGCAAGCCGCCACCGGCGCCAUUUUCCGCUGGUUGAAGCGGUUAGCAGCUGGCAAAGCGGCAACCUCUAUCCUCCCGGCUGAAGCACAUCGGCCUCCACCAGCUGAAGCAUUUUUUUCCUUUACAAACAAAAAAAGCAAACAAAAAAAUCAAACUUAAAAUGCUAUAACAAAACAACAAAAAAAAUGGACAAACAAAUCGCACACGAUCAUGCGAGUGUUUUGUUUUUUUUCUCUCAUUUCUGCUCUUUUCCAUGGCUCGUCUUCUCGUGCGAUGGUUCUUGCAUGAGGCGAAUGGCUGCCUGUUUCUGUUCGAAAGCCGGCAUCCGAUGGACGGAGCUUUUCUUUUGGAGCAUCCUCCCGGUACGGUUGCGUUAUAUAACAUGUCGAGAAAAGCACACAUAAGAUAAGGAACGGAAAACCCAAGCACAGGCACAUGCACGCACGCACGUACGCGCUAGUGGAUUCGCGUACCGAUUAGCUGAUCGGUGAAGAAAAACGCAUAUACACAGCACGAUUAUCCGUGUCUGCGGCAGUUUCCACCGAUUCCACGCUGCACAACACACUAACCAGGUACAGUUGGUUGGUUACAAGUGGAUCUAGAACGGGACUCAAAUGAAUCCCUUGAGGUCCUAGUGUUAAUGUGCGUGCGUGUGUGGGUGUGUGCGAGUGUGCAUCCAAAAAAGUGCAACGGGAAGAAAAGGCAGGAAAGCAGUUUAUCAUUUGCAUCAAAUAAAUCUAAUUUCCCUUACUCGGACGAGCGAGAUAUUGAAGUAAUAGCAAAUAAACAUGCAUUGUAUCGGGUUCACGACGCGUAAUCGAUUAAUGGUGUAAAAUAGAGAGCAUUCGCGGGGCAGUAACAUAGCAUACAUCAAACAGAGAAAACAAAUUAUAUAUACACACAUGCACACACACAAAUACAGAACUCUAUCCAGGGCUCCUUCGUAAUUCCUUGUAGAAAACUUGUCGACUUUUAAGGCGUUUACGUUUUGCUAGCAGAAAAUCAGAAUGGCUAACACAGGCGUGCACGUGCUGCUCGAAAGAAGGUUUAACCCAUUUGGGGACGUUGGGACAAGUUCCAGCGUCCUACCGCUGCGGGUGCUUCAGAAUGUGUGUGUCCUUUCUGGUUUCACUGCAACGGCAAAUAGCAGCUGCAGCAUUGCAGGCAACGGCUGCCGGUUCAAGUAAUUCAAGAACGUUAGAGCAAACUAGUGGUUGCGUAGAGAGCAUUUUUGAGCGAAAUUAAAAUGACAAAAAAAAAUCAAACCAUUUUGCGUGACGCAUAGAUAAGUAACCCAAAGCGAAUUACUUCCAUUUCGUGAGGCACGGCGUAAAUAUACUUCCUGUAAUUUUUUUUGCUAUGUUUUACAAAAAUAUCCUACGAGCAGCAAACAGAUCCUUCUAUGGAUGGAAUCUGUCCAGGAAGGGCGUGCUGCUUGAACAGAUCCUUCAUCAGGAAUCCUUAAACCAUGCCAAGAAACAGCCAACCGGUCAGUGGAAGGAUAGCGGGGAUGGGAAGGAAACAGAAAAAAUACAUUGUGUGCAUUCCUUCCAUCUUACUAGUGGUCGUAAAGGAAGAAAAAAAGCCGUGGUCAUCUAUCUUGUAUGUUUGAUGUUCUCAUCUCGAAAGUAAACCUUUUAUUGAUAACAUGUUAAGGAACACUAGCGAACGGGAAUGAUAAUGGUUUGAUAGGGGAGUGAGAAAGAAGUGAACAAGAGUAAACAAAAGUAUUCACAUUCAUUGUAAAACCAGGGGCUGGUGGUUCAUUAGAGCUGUUCUCUGAAACAAGGAUAAUAAGAAGAAAAAAACAGUAAUAGUAAACAAAUGGUAAAUGGCAGGAGGUAAAUGCAUACACAUUUUAACAAUAUAGGAAGCUCCUCGACUCCAAACCGACGACGAUGCCAAGCGCAGCCAAAAAAUCAAACUGUAAAAACCAAUAGUGACAAAUAGCGCGAACAAAAUGAAAAACAGCCAAACGCAAUAACGUAACUUUGGUCGCAUAAAAAAUAGCCAAAACCAUCAACUUGUAAAGGCCAACUUGGAUCAGAUAAAAGUUAUUCACAUGCACACACACACACAGCCAGCAAGGAAAAACCCAAAUGCUAUGUACUUGAGUAAAAAAGAAUCGGAAAUAGAAGAAACGCUAAGCAGAUAUUGAGCUAAAUCGGUUGGGCUAAAGGGAGAGACGGAAAUAUGAUAGGAGAGAUAGUGCGAGGAAAAUGUUUGAAAGGAAGAUUUAAAAACAUAUACACAUACACACACACUCACACAUAAUUCAGAAAAGAGGAAAAGAGAAAAACUUAUACAGAUAUUCUUAGUAUUUAACAAUUUAACAGUAAAAAAAGGACAGUUCAAAGUAAGGAAGAGGA